AUGAGCAAAGUAAAUGUGAUUCCUAUUGCUAUCACAUUUUCGUUUAUGCAUCUUGCUAUUUUGAAAGAAAGGAACACUUACCAUGAGUCAAGUGAAACUUAUGAAACGGAUUUACAACAAAAAGUCCGAGAAUAUAAACAAUAUUUUGUAAACAUAUAUUCUGAAUGGAUAAUUUGGCGCAAAAAUCAAAUCAGUAAAAUACCAUACAAUAAUAAAGAUCCUCAAGUCUUUGACACAAUCACAAACAAAGGUAUUAAAUACGAAGAAACAGACCAAAAUGAAGAAGCAAAAAAGAGAUACGAAGAAAUGUGUAAUAGAGUAGUAUCACGAUAUUUAAAUGAAGCAAAGGUUGAAUUUAUGAAGAUGUAUUUGCACACAUUUGCAUUGGAUAAAUUCUUGAAUCCUAAAGCGCCUACAAUCGCACCGAAUCGAGAUAUCGGCACCAUUAUAUGUGGAAUUUAUGGAAGAGAGACGUUUCCAGAUAAAGAUCAUGACAAAUUUGACCAUAAUCAAUUACUUAAAUUGUAUUAUGAUAAGCCUGGUAUCAUUACUGGUAUAAACAUCCAUGCAGGCUAUUUUGUAGAUUGUAUAAAAGUUAAAUAUAAAGGUUAUGAUGGAACGACCGUAGGAAACGAUAAGGGAGGAGAUGCAUAUACUAUUAGAGGUCUUAAUGGAGAUUCUAAUUAUGUGACUAAGGUGGACGUUUAUUUUAAUGAACGCGUUGUUAGUGGUAUUCAAUUCUUUUUUUCAAAUGAACCAUCUUAUAAAGGGAAUAUAAAUAAUGUUAUUGGAAAUGGUGAUAAAAAUCCAGGUGAAAAUUCUAAAGUCAGUUGUGGUCCUAUAGGCAACAAUAAUGAUUUCAAAUUAGUAGGAAUUCAAAUGGCUCAAUCAAAAGCUCUAGAUAAAGAACUUGGUGAUCACGAGCUUUGU